AUGGCAGAGGAUAGGAUCUCACAACAUGAAGACGAGCGUAUCAAUCUCGAAGAUAGCGUCGUGCAUACGCUCGCAAAGUCCAACCGAAAGGUAGCAAUACUGAGUAGCGAGGCCAAAUUAGCUACCGAAGCAGAGCACAAAUUAUCCUUUCGCGAAGCUAUCAAGCGAUACCCCAAAGCUAUAGGCUGGUCAAUCCUAUUUUCGACAGCUAUUAUUAUGGAGGGAUACGACAUCGUUCUUGUAUCAGCGUUUUUUGCGUAUCCGUCUUUUCAGAAGAAGUUUGGACAACCGGUCAAGGGUGGGACUGGCUAUCAAGUGACAGCACCCUGGCAGUCGGGCCUGUCAAACGGAGCGCGUGUCGGGGAGAUUAUAGGAUUGUUCAUCAACGGUCUACUGGCCGAGGCCUUUGGUAUGAAGAAGACAAUGAUUGGGACGCUAAUUGUGCUAUGUGGAUUGAUCUUCAUCUCAUUCUUUGCUCAAAACAUCCAAACACUUCUGGCAGCAGAAAUCUUAAUGGGCAUACCCUGGGGUGUGUUUCAGACCCUGACUACCUCUUAUGCUGCAGAGGUCUGCCCUGUCACUCUGAGAGGUUAUUUAACAACAUAUGUCAAUAUGAUGUGGGGUGUUGGUCAAUUACUUGCAAGCGGUGUACUUCGAGGGCUGCUGUCACGAACAGAUGAGUGGUCAUACCGUAUACCUUUUGCAUUGCAAUGGAUAUGGCCGGUGCCGCUCGUGGUGGGAAUCGCUUUUGCACCCGAGUCACCCUGGUGGUUGAUGCGAAAAGAACGCUACGAGGAGGCGCGCGAGUCGCUUCGUAGACUGACCACCGCUCCAUCUGAUGCAGAGCUUGACAAUACCAUUGCCAUGCUAAGGCACAGUGAUGAGAUUGAAAAGGAGAUCUCAGCUGGCACAUCGUUUUUGGAUUGUUUUAAGGGUAUCAAUCUUCGGCGAACUGAGAUUGCAUGCGUUGCAUGGGUCAUUCAAGCAGCAUGUGGAGCGUCUUUAAUGGGAUAUUCUGCCUACUUUUUUGAGCAAGCAGGUCUUCCAACGACAAUUGCCUUUGACUUUUCCAUGGCGCUUUAUUCGGUUGCCAUAGUCGGCGUGUUCAUUUCCUGGUGGGUGAUGACCUAUCUUGGUCGACGGACCAUCUAUAUCGGCGGUUUAAGCAUACUCUUCCUCGUGCUAUUGGGGGUUGGUUUCUCCAGUUUGGCAGACAACAAGAGUGCGAAAUACGCUACGGGUAGUCUACUACUAGUGUUCACACUGUUUUAUGAUAUCACCGUUGGCUCAGUUUGCUAUUCCAUCGUUGCCGAGAUUCCAUCUACUAGACUUCGUACGAAAACCAUUGUUCUUGCUCGAAUCGCCUAUAACAUUCAGGGUACGAUCAACGGUGUUAUCACGCCCGAUAUGAUCAAUCCAACUUACUGGAACUGGAGAGGCAAAGCAGGCUUCUUUUGGGCUGGGCUAUGUUUUGUAUGUCUGAUUUGGACUUAUUUCCGAUUGCCGGAACCCAAGGGACGAACAUAUGCAGAGUUGGAUAUUUUGUUUGAGCAGGGAGUUUCCGCUCGCAAAUUUGGCUCCACUAAAUUGGAUAUCUUUGAAGAUGUGCCUACUCUAAAAGUAUUGGAGAAGGCUGAAGAUGUGAAUUAG